CAGUUGAGCUUGAUCCCGAAGAUGUUUGGACACUUCGAACUCGAGGAAUUGUUCACCGUUCCUUGGAUAACUAUGAUGAAUCGAUCAAAGAUUUUAAUUCAGCAUUGAAACUGGAUCCAGACAAUCCAAACACACUGACACAACGCGCAAUUACUUAUGGAGAUUCAUUGAGAUUCGAUGAUGCACUGGUUGGAUUUCAUCAAGCUUUGGAAUUGCAACCAGAGAACACAUUCAUCCUAGAGAGGCAGGGGGAAAUCUACCGCCGCAUGGGUUGUUACCAAAAGGCAUUGGAGUGCCUUCAGAAGGCAUUGAAAUUAGAACCAAACAAUGUAAAUAUACUUCGCAUACAGGGAUCAACCUAUUAUGCACUUGGCAGUUACAAAGAGGGACUUGCCGAUCUGAAUAGGGUGAUAGAACUCGGCGGCGAUGAUUAUUUCACCCAAGGUUACCGUGGGGCAAUAUACCGUGCAUUGGGGUACUAUUCAGAAGCACUUGUUGAACUGGAUAAGUCAAUCAAUGCUCGAAACGUUGAAAGUUUUACGCUUGGUGAGCGUGGAGCGAUUUAUAGUCGUCUCGGACGACCCCUCGAAGCUCUAAAAGAUUUUGACAAUGCAUUUAAGAUAGAAGUUCAUCAUGCAUUGGACAAACAUGAGCGUAGCGUUGCUUACCUUGAACGAGCAUUGCUUUACAAAACGUUGGGAUUCUAUGAUGACUCGAUAUCAGAUCUCAACAAGGCAUUGGAGCUUAAUCCCUACAAUACCGUGGCUAUCGAAGAACGAGAUAAAGUAUUCGAAAUCUACAAAAGACUUCUGAUCCGAGCGUAG